AAUUUUUGUUCAAACUCCUGACACUGCCCCCCUUCUCCCCCGUCCUCUAUUAACUCACUCCCCCUUCUCCCCCCUCCUUGCGACCGUCGGAGCAAGCCAAGCCAUUGCUUGACCAGCUUGUUGAAUUUACCCCCCAAUGUGCCCUAGAGCGCACGGCGGCGCUGCGAUGGUGAGAGCGAGAGCGAGCAGUGCUGCUAGCGCGCACUCGUUUGCGGAGGAGGAGUACAUCGACCUGGAUCUCAGCUCCUGCGGGGAGUACCAGUUCCGGGUGUGCCGGAGCAAACCCGCGGCGCCCUGCCCGUGCCCGGACGAGCUGGUCCGGCGGGCCAGGCAGCACAAGGUGGCGCCGAGGCCGGGGGGCAAGCUGCUUGACGCGGACGCCGGCGCCGCAGGCGGCUGCGGCAGAAGGGGCACCGCCACGGUCGCGCCAUUGCAGCACUCCUCGCAUGCUCCACCGCACGCGGGCCGGCGCAGGAAGCCCGGCAAGGCCAUGCAGGCGAGGCUGCAGGCGUCGCGGGCCUUCCUCCGGUCCCUGUUCGCCAGGACCUGGUGCUCCGACGAACGGUGCCGCGGCGUUCGGUCCGGGAGCAGGGCCACGCAUGACAGGGACAAGGGCGUCGGCGUCAGCGGCAAGUCGGCGUUUGGGCAAAUCAACAAGAGCUACGUGAGCGGCAGCGCGGCCCCGACGACGCUGAGGAGCAGCAUUGAGCGGGAGAAGCUGAUGGAAGAGGAGGAGCACGUCCGGCAACGCAAGUCCUUCUCCGGCGUGAUCAAGUGGCGACCGACGACAGCGGCGUCGUCGGCGCGGAGGAACUCGUGCGGGAGCGCCCCGGCCCUGAAGAGGAGCAGCAGCUGCCGGUCGGAGUCGGAGGGGCUGAUCCAGGGCGCCAUCGCCUACUGCAAGCGGUCGCAGCAGCAGCGCGUGCUCCUCGCCAGGAAGAGCGUCAGCGACGCCGCCCUCUGCUCCUUCCGUGCCCCUUCCUAGUCCUCCUCCUGUAGCCCAAUUCCUUCCCGUCAGAGCUGUGUAGUACGUGUGCAUGAAAAAUGACUGAUCAUAAUAUGAUAAUAGUGUCAAGUGUCGCUUU